AUGCGUGCCUCAAUUAAUUCCAGCCUUCUCAUCCUGGCCAACGCUCUGGCAGCCAAGGCGCAGGGUCAGUCAUGUCCCGAGAUUCACAUCUUUGGUGCUCGUGAGACAUCCGUGGCACCGGGUCUUGGUUCGGCUGGUAAGCUGAUUGACAUGAUCGUGGCUGAUCAUGCGGGCGCGACUUCAGAAGCCAUUGACUAUCCUGCCUGCGGUGGUCAGGCCUCUUGUGGGAAUGUCGAGUAUGGUGCUUCCGCGAAACAGGGUACUGAGGCUGUCACCAAAGCUGUCAAUGCUCUUAGUGAGAGGUGUCCCGAUACGAAGAUUGUCAUGAUUGGCUAUUCUCAGGGCGGUCAAAUCAUGGAUAACAACAUCUGUGGAGGACCAGACAAUGGAGCUUCCAUCUCCGAUUCCACAGUUCCUCUCUCGGCUAGCGCGGUCAAUCAAGUCAAGGCUGUCGUCAUGUUGGGUAACCCUCGUUACAUCAAUGGUCUUGCUUAUGGAGUGGGUACUUGCGAUGCAGGCGGCUUCGAUGCUCGACCCGAAGGCUUCACUUGCCCCAACGCCGACAAGGUCAAGAUUUACUGCGACGCCGAAGAUCCUUUCUGCUGCAACGGCAAUGAUUCAGCUCAUCACCAGCAAUACGUUGAGCUCUAUGGCAAGGAAGCUUUGGAGUUUGUCAACUCUAAGCUCUUCGGCACUGGAGUUGGAGCUGGUGGAAAUGCUGGUAACGAUACUGACACUGGUGCUGGAAGCGGCGGAGAGGCCGGUAACGAUGCUGGCAACGGAGGAAACAGUGGAGGCAAUGCAGGCGGCAACGCUGGUGGAAACACUGAUGGUAACGCGGGAGGAAAUGUUGGUGGUGAUGCCGGCGGAAACACUGGCUUCCCCGGAGGAAACACCGGAAACGGCGGUGGUAACAACGGUUUUCCCGGAGCCAACACCGGCAACAACGGAAACGCUGGAAACCAAGGGAAUGCUGGCGUCGCUCAGAGUGGCAACAAGUGUUAA